GACCUAUAUUUUAUAGAACAUUUGUGUAGCAGUACAUUUCUGACCAAUUUCAAAUAGGUUACAAACCACUCAGCUUAAUGUGAAUUAAGUUGUUACCAUCUACCAGUGUCACUUAUUUGACAUAAAUACCACUACUCAUUCAAUAAUUAACCAAAAUGACUCUGUAGGCUAAAAUAUAGCCUACUAGUCAGCCAAUACAGGAGGCCAUAGGUAAUUAGUUUACCUUGUGUUGGGUUGUAUUUUUUAUAACGCUGACCCUGUGGCGAGGUGUUUUCACAACCGCCCUUUCGAGAUAAAAACAACACUCGAGACAACCUCGAGUGAACUUCACCGAGUUUUCUGAUUCAUGUGAAGUGUUACGUUGGGCAGCGGUCUGAGGUGCGUCAUACAUUCCUUAAUAAAACACUGCGUGAACUUCAUCGUUCGCACGAGUUUCUUUUCCACGUGGAGUGGAAUAGUCGGGAGCGGCCUGAGGUGUGUCAUAUAUUCCUUACACCAAUCAGACAGCACAUGUUUCUCCCGCGAUGACGUUUGAAUUUUUUCCAGUCGAAAACCUGAUAAUUCUGACUGGUGAGGAGAUGUCAGCACAGUGCAGAGGCAGUAGGCUAUAUACAUAAUCUAACCAUGUUUAGACCCAAUCAUUUAAAAGAAAAUAUUUCACUAUUUGACUAGCCUACUAACGUAUUGGUCAUCUUCGUCAUUUAGAAAAAAGUCAAGGAAAAAUGUGAGCAAGGCCAAAUGACUCGGUGUGUCUAGCAGUUUUGAGAGCUAUAGUAUGAUGCAAUGUAUUUAUGUUUUUAACUGUUAUUAUAGACCCAUAGGAUCCAUUAGGUGUUCAUUUGGUAUGAGAGGCAGUCACCAGUACCAAUACUUCAGACAUUUCUGACAUGGAGCCACUCCCAGUUCUUUCUAGAAGCCACAGCAUUGUGAGAACCUGUUCAUAGUAGUUCUUCAUGGGGCUUUCUUAUGACUCAUCUGAAAGCUUUUGUUAAUUUCACUAUUACAAAUAGAGGAAGUUGUCUGGUGGUAAAUUGUCUGAUAUGAAAAGAAAAGAAAAAUACACUGCUGAAAGGAAUAGAAACAUCUCGAGCCCCCACCCCUAGCUUCCCCCAUUGUGUGUAUCAUUUCUCUGAAGUUAACCAACUGACCCUGGUGGUUUCCCAGCGCUAUCGGUAUGCCUUGAAAUCUAUUGCUCAAAACAAGGAAAUGAUGCGGAAGGAUGUGCUAGACUUUGACAUUGUGGUAGGAAUAUGGAAUUUGAGCUGAGGUGAGGAUGAGGAAGUUCCCUGUAAUUGAGAAUUUGAAAUAUCUAUUUUCAUCACAGAAUUGUCAAAUAAUUAACUACUAGCCUACACAUAUUUGAGAUGACAUCCUUAUCCUAUAUGAGCCUUUAUGAGAUGUAGAACAGCUGAUAAUUAGAAAAAGGGAGGAGUAUUUACAAGGAUAUACUGCUAUGUAGAUCAAUGUUGUGAAAUGCCACAGACUUGAGAAAGAGUAUGUAAAGAAAUUCACGCCCAGGGUAUCUUCUGAGAACGCUGGUAAACUCUGUUGAGUGUACAGCCUCUAUGUUGUAUCAUUUCAUCUCAACAGUGUUUUUCUAUCGCCCCCUAGAGGUUGCAGUUGGCUACAACAGCUGUCUGGUUAGACUUGCCCGUACAUGUCGCUGGGAGUUUUGCCCAGGCAUGUACUAGACUAGGCCAGCCCAGGGAAGGGUGGACCUUCAUGAAACACUGGUGACUGACCAGAGUUUAAAAAGCUUUGCGCUGUCUGAGUACUGUCAUUAGUUUGAAUAUAGCAGCAGUGAUACUUUGCCAAGGAAAGAAGCGCAACUUGUUGCAGUCAUGUGUAGAAUCAUGUCCUUCCACAAGCGUGUUCUGAGAUCUGUGGGCAAAGGUCCAGUGAGGCGGAACCUGUUUGGGCCAGUGGACCGCAAGCAGCUGCAGCAGGACUACCACACCGCGCUGAAGCAGGACCUGGAGGAGGCAUCACAGCGUUGGGGCUUCAACUUCCUCACGGAGAUGCCCUUGGAUGACAGCAACUUCCUGUGGGAGGGUGUCUCUGGGGAGAAGGUUCCCCUGGUGUACCGCUCCUCCAGAAUCAGGAGGAACCUCGGGUUCUUUAGAGAGGAGUCCACGUUGUCAGAGGCCAGUGUGUCCAUGGAGACGGGUUCAGUUUCGGCAGAGGCCGCACCUGGCAUGUUGCAGAGCGGGAAGGAGAAUGUUCCGGGGACGCCGGAGAAACACACAAACAACCUGCAGGACCUGGAGAGAACCCCAGUGAAGCAGGAUGGCAACAGCAACAUCCUUAAGAGAAAACAAACCAAUAUUACAGAUUUUUACCAGGCAAAGAAAAGGGAUGUUGGUUCGUCCAGAAAAUCAGGCCAGUGAUUGGACGACUGGGAGCGAUUCAGGACACCUCAUUUGCCAGCAGCAAACUCAACAUUUCUCUCAGGACCUCAAAACCCAACAAAAGGCACUGCACACACUUUGAAAACUUACCUAAAGACUUUUACAUAGAAACACCUCAUAGAAACGCCUUUUCCUGCUCCUCUAUGAGUCUUCUCGAAUUCAUGGUUGUCCACCUAACCCCACCAGAUUCCCCUCACUCCCUGUUACUGAAAACCUCACCGUGGAGGACACUCUUGUGUAAUUUUGAUUUCCAAAAGUUUGGGUGUGGUCUUGUAAAAUCAGUGUAGCCUCAUAAUGGGAGAGUGGUCUGGAAACAUGUCUGACUAUGCUCUACCAUGGACCAACGUGAACUUUGCUACUGGUUUUGUGCUGUAUGUAAACUUCCUGAAUUGCAUCACUUACACUAUAUGGCAGUUCUGAGUAAGAUUAUUGUGAGAGCAAGACCAAAUGUAAGUGCUUUUGUUGACUGUGCAAUGCUGCACCCAUACCCUAGGUACCCACAUUCCAUUAUAGAUGAGCAGUGGCAAGACAGCAUCGGAGCAGUGCCUCUGGCAUAUAUUUUUAGCUAAUAUUAAGUGCCACAGCCUCAAGUCCGUUCGGCAAUUGUUUGGAAUUUGAAGGAGUCUUCUAGAAAAAUACAUUACAUUCAUCAAAUAAGCUAAUUCCUCGCACUAAUGCACAGUUUAUUUAUUUCACUAUUACAUUACUAAAAUGACUACCAUUUCCUCCAGCUGCUAUGGUUGACAAUGGGGGAGACAGGCAGCAUCAAAGGCUAAUGACAUUCAGACAGACACCAAUAAAUUAAAUGGCUUUGAAUAAUAUGCACCACCCUGACGAAAGUACCUUGUUUAGUAUCAGCCUGUAGUACCCCAGGAAUUGCACUUAACCUGUUUCUUUGAGUCUUCUAUGUGUAAAGCUUUGUCAAAUAUAAAGUAUAAAUAAAUAAAUAUAUAUAUAUAUGUACAUAUUUAUUGUUAAAUGAGUCUCAUGGUGUUGCUUUCACUUAAUUAUGAGAUGGAAAUAAAAUGAAGUUCACUGUA